CUGUGAGGUCAGACAGGGCUGUUCAUGGCUUUGACCAGUUGGGUCUUGAAAACUUCUGAGGAUGGAGAUGUGCAGCCUCUGGACAACCUGCUCCAAUGCUUGAUGGGGAAACAUUUCUCAUUUUAUCCAGUCUAAACCCCCCUUGUUUCAACUUAUACCUGUUGUCUCAUCCUCCUGCCAUGCUCAGCUCUGAAGAGCCUGGUGCAGCCUCCUUGGUGCCUCCCAGGAGGUAGGGGAAAGCUGGUGGUGAAUCCCUGCUCAUCUUCCCUUCUCCAAGCUGAACAAGCCUUUCUCCUUGGUCUCUCACUCCAGAGCACUGCUCCAACCCCACCCAUCCCAGCAGACUCCUGCUGAACUCCCCAGAGCAGACACUGCUGGAUUUCCAUAAAGGCUUCACUCACCUCCUACUCUUGAUCCCUCUGUAAAACCCCCACCAUUUCCCACAUCCCCCUGCCCUCCAAUCCAGACCCAGAGACUUUCCCUGGAUCCUCCCCAGGGCUCUGAACCUGCAACAUCUUGUGCUUUGCCUUGUGUUUGCUUGUUAUUGAUAAAUUCACAGGCACCACCCAGGUGGGGUUUUGCUCCUCUCUCUGCACAUGGCAGUGGGAUUGUGAAAGGAGCAACAGCUUGGGUGUGAGAGCCACUGAAAAUCCUCCUUCCCGUGGGGCCCAUCCUCUGAGCCAAGAGCAGGAGAGGCUGAGUGCCUGAUUCUCUGGUCUAGUCCAUGCAAGAGCUGAGCUGGGAUGGAGCAGGACUCACGUGCCACGUGGGAGUUCAAUGGCUCCUUCCAUCAGCCUUCAGCUUUCCUCAUGCUGGGCAUCCCAGGCCUGGAAGCCCUUCACCCCUGGAUCUCCAUCCCUUUCUGUGCUCUCUACCUCACUGCUCUCUUGGGGAACUGCAUGAUCCUGUUCAUCAUCAGGAGGACCCAAAGUCUCCACGAGCCAAUGUACUACUUCCUGUGCAUGCUGGCGGUCACCGACCUGGGCCUGGCCCUGUGCACCCUGCCCACCACGCUGGGGCUCCUCUGGUUCAACCUGCGCAGCAUCGGCUUCGAUGCCUGCCUCGCCCAGAUGUACUUCAUCCACAUCCUGUCCUUCAUCGAGUCCUCCGUGCUCCUGGCCAUGGCCUUCGACCGCUUCAUUGCCAUCUCCCGCCCCCUGAGACACCCCUCCAUCCUGACCAAGGCCACUGUCACAAAGAUAGGCCUGGCCAUCGUGCUCAGGGGGAUGGUCUCCCUCCUUCCCAUUCCCUUCCUGCUCAAGAGACUGACCUACUGCGGGAAGACGGAGCUGUCCCACUCCUUCUGCUUCCACCCCGACAUCAUGAACCUGGCGUGUGCAGACAUAAAGGUCAAUGUCUUCUAUGGCAUGAUCAUUCUCUUGUCCACGGUGGGGAUGGACUUCAUCUUCAUCGUGCUGUCCUACAUCCUCAUCAUCAAAACCGUCGUCAGCCUCGCGACCAAGGAGGAGUGUCUGAAGGCCCUGAACACGUGUGUGUCCCACAUCUGUGCUGUCCUGGUGUUCUUCAUCCCCAUGAUCGGCCUGUCCAUGAUCCACCGCUUUGGGAAGAACGUUCCCCCUCUGGUGAACGCUUUGGUGGCCUACACCUACCUCCUCAUCCCCCCCGCCCUGAACCCCGUCAUCUACAGCAUCAAAUCCAGCCACAUCCGCGAGGCCUUGCUCAGGGCCCUGCGCAGGAGUAGUGGGGCUGACUGGUAGCUUCCCCCACCAGCUCUGCCAGAAAGUGCUGCUGGACUGGUUUCUCAGUCAGGGACAGCAGGCUGAUUUCUUGGUCAGACCUGGUUCACUGCUUGGUCAGAGCUGCUGGACUGGUUUCUUGGUCAGACCUGGUUCACUGCUUUCUUGGUCAGAGCUCUUGGACUGAUUUCUUGGUCAGAGCUGCUGGACUGGCGUCUUGGUCAGAGCUCUUGGACUGGUUUCUCACUCAGAGCUGGUGGGCUGGUUCCUUGGUGCUCCAUGCACACAGCAGGUCACUGCCAGAGGAAAGAGCUGCAGAUCCACUCAGAUGCUGUCUCCCAACCCAGAGCUGUGACCUUCCCUGUUGUGUCCCAGCAAGAUGCCUUCAUCCCUUCCAGCAGCCUGUGAACACCCCGAGCACUAAUGAAACACCCAGGUGGAACCCCAGCGAGGGAGACAAUUAAAGAAACAUGGGCUGCAUGACUUUGUCUUUCCAAGUCAUGGGGGGGGGAUUGAGGAACCUCCAUCACAUGU